UUGUGUUUGUGUCUUUGCAUUUCUCCUUUUCUUCUCACCAUUAUUUAUCCUUUGCUUCACGUUCCUUCCAAUCAAUCUUUAUCCAUCCACCUCUUUAGUUUAUUAAUUCCUUUUUUUAACCAUUUUUUCUAUUUGCUGUAGACAAGAAUUUAUAAUAUUGUUUAUUACACAGUCAUAUAUUCAUUGGCUUCUUCUUAGCUAGUCUGCAGUUGAAGGAAAGUAGGUGAGAUAUAGUCCUAAAGGGAGAGAUAGAGAGAGAUAGGGAGAGAGAUGGGGAGAUUGUUUUUGGUGAAUCUUGAAGGAAAGAUCUAUAGUUGCAAGCACUGCCAUACUCAUCUUGCUCUAUGUGACAGCAUAGUUUCAAAGUCAUUUCACUGCAGGCAUGGUAAAGCUUAUCUCUUCAGCAGGGUAGUGAACGUCACUCUUGGGCCGAAGGAAGAACGGAUGAUGAUGACUGGAUUGCAUACUGUUGCUGACAUCUUCUGUGUGAAAUGUGGGUCAAUUGUCGGUUGGACAUAUGAGACUGCGAAGGAAAAAAGCCAAAAGUACAAGGAAGGAAAAUCGGUCCUGGAAAGGUUUAAGAUUUCUGGCCCUGACGGAACUAAUUAUUGGGUGAAUCAUGAAGCUCAUGUCAGUGGAAGUGACGCUGAUGAUGUUUAAAAUGACCUCUAAUUUCAAUCUGUACAUUCUUUACUCCCCUCAUUGUUACUCAACAAGGUGAUUUCAAAAAUUGGGGAUUUCUGUUGUUUUCCCAUUGUUACAAGUCUUCGUUGUUCAUAGUUAUCUAAAAUACCGAAACAAUCAGUUCUUUUCCGACAUUUGUGCAAUUUCAUCAACAUUGUUCCAAGUCUUCAUUGUUUAUAUUCAUCUAGAAGACUGGAACUCCUCUGAUCUGUUCAGACUAUCCAUGUAAUAUGAAAUAUUGAUUAUCCUCGUAAGAAUUAAUAAUCUAAAUCCCCCUGCUUUCCAGUUA